GGAAUAGAACGUCAAAAAAUGAUCUCCGCACCUUAAGUGAAAUCUCUCCGCCGGCGUCGGAUUAGAUCUCCGCUCCCCGCAAAUUCUCAAUGUUCGAGUGUAGAGAAGUUGAUCGGCGGCGAUGCGAGUAGAAAUCGGUCGCACGAAGAAGAAUCGAAAAAGCCUUCCGUAUUGACGAGAGAUUCCUCAUUUUGCGUGUUUAACCGGAUCUAGUAUGGAUCACGGCAGUAUUUUAGACACGAUCGGAGGUGAGAUUACCGGCGUGAUGGCUCCGGUGUCCAUAUGCAUGUUCCUGGUGGUCCUCAUUGUUUACUCACUCUCUUCCACCACCACAACCACCACUAUCCAGACUGCGGCGAAUCUGGUUUACCUAGAGGAUCCCUCUGAUUCCACUUCACAGAAACUGGAAGGGGCUCUGCUCAAUGCUUUGGUCUUUGUCAUCCUCCUUGUCGUUGUCACGUUUGUCCUCGUGGCCCUCUACUAUUUCCGCUUCACGAACCUCAUCAAGAACUAUGUUCGGUUCUCUGUCUUCUUCGUAUUGGCAUCCAUGGGUGGCUUCAUCUUCCUCACUAUCAUCCAGCACUUCAACAUCCCCAUGGACGCCAUCACCUGUGCUAUACUCCUUUUCAAUUUCAGUACUGUUGGGGUCAUCUCCGUCUCUUCACAAGGGGUUCCCAUCCUGCUUAAUCAGAUGUACAUGGUGGCUGUUGGAAUCAUUGUGGCAGUGUGGUUCACCAAAUUGCCCGAGUGGACCACGUGGGUUUGCCUUGUGAUGUUGGCUUUAUAUGACUUAGUUGCAGUCUUGGCACCUGGAGGACCACUGAAGAUAUUGGUGGAGUUGGCUUCAACACGGAACGAGGAACUCCCUGCUCUAGUUUAUGAGUCCCGUCCUAGAGAGCAAAGGAGAAGAGGUGGUUCAGGGAUUGGACUCUUGCUGGCUGGGGUUUCUGAUAUUGAACUUCAAGCCGUCGAUGGAAGAAACGGACAAUCAGUGAUAAAUUUCCAAAAUGAGAAUGUUGAGAUUGUGAGCGUGACUCAGCCAGAAAUCGUGGAGGAAACUUCUCCACUGGUGACUAACAGUAACUUGACAGAAAGGCACAAUGAGGGCAUAGAAAUGAGUGAGAUGGAGAGGGAAAGUGAAGAAGCGGGGGAAAGAGAGAGGGGGAUCAGGCUUGGGUUAGGGGACUUUAUCUUCUACAGCGUGCUUCUCGGAAGGGCUGCAUUGUUUGAUCUGAUGACAGUGUAUGCAUGUUACCUUGCUAUCAUAUCUGGAUUGGGAUGCACACUUAUUUUGCUUGCUGUGCGACGACAUGCUUUGCCCGCUCUUCCCAUUUCAAUCGCCCUCGGGGUUAUGUUCUACUUUUUGACAAGGCUCUUGUUGGAGCCCUUUGUAGUUGGCGCUUCAACAAAUCUGAUGAUGUUCUGACCUUUGUUGUUGCACAAAAACUCUAUAUAUUUCUCAUAACGGAGUUCAGAGUUUUAGCUUAAGGAGAUUGUUUAUGCUUUAGUGUGGAAAUGGAAAAUAGCUAACUGAAUGUAUGAUGGUGUACUGCCAAUGAUCUGCGUAUUCACAGAAACUAUGAAGACUUGUUUCCGAACCAGUUAAUCCUCUUCUCAAGUACUGGUAUGUAUGGGUAAUGUCCCCGUCGUGUAUUAACAUUCGACUAUUGAAUUAGGUGUCAUGUUGAAACUUGAUUUUGGUGAUCAUGAUUACUUGCUUAAUAUAGAAGGAUGCUUAAGUUAAAUUGUGGUUGAGUUUUUAUUUUAUCUUCAGAUGAAUGUGAAUAUAUGAGUACCUGACCACAUAUUAAUCAAGACUUCUUAGCUAG